UUUUUUCUAAAUAAUCUAUAAAAUAAAAUGCCCAGAUCCAAAAGAGAUAAGAAAAUUUCCCUUACCAAAACCGAUCGUAAAGGUCUCGCUUGGAAGCAACAAAUUAUUGAUGACAUCCGAAGAUGUGUGGAGAAAUAUCCAAAUAUUUUUGUAUUUCAAGUGCAAAAUAUGCGCAACAAUUUGCUAAAGGAUCUGCGACAGGAAUGGAAACAGAACUCCCGUUUCAUUUUUGGUAAAAAUCGCAUUAUGCAAAUCGGUUUGGGUCGCACAAAAGCCGAGGAGGUUGAAACAGAUUUGAGCAAACUGUCCCGCCGUCUGACAGGCCAAGUGGGUCUAUUGUUUACGGAGAAAAGUAAAAAGGAGGUUUUGGAAUGGGCGGAAAACUAUUGGGCUGUGGAAUAUGCACGCAGUGGCUUCAAGGCAACAGAAACGGUGGUGUUACCCGAGGGACCUUUAGAAGAAUUUUCACAUUCCAUGGAACCACAUCUGAGAUCUCUGGGUUUGCCAACAAAACUGCAAAAGGGUGUUGUCACGCUCUAUUCAGACUAUACCGUUUGCGAGGAGGGAAAAGUUUUGACACCAGAACAAGCCAGAAUUCUCAAAUUGAUUGCCAAACCAAUGGCUAAGUUCCGUUUGACAAUGAAAUGUUCCUGGACCAAGGCGGAUGGUUUUGAAUUACAUGUACCCGAUGAUAUCAACGACGAUGAAGAAGAUAAGGCCGACAGUGGCCAAGGUGAGGAGGUUGAAGACGACGAAGAUGAUGAAGCCAUGGAACAGGAUGAUGAUGAAGAGUCAGAUGAAGAUGAUGAGGAUUAG